UGGGAUUGGAUAAAACCACCAAUCCACGGAGACAAUCCAGUGGGAAAAAGCGCACAAGCACAGAAAAAGGGGACGGAUGAUAUCUUCUUCCUGUAUUGCCCCAGAUUUUACUUUCUUUGGACGCCAUCUUCAAUCCAUUUGCUCCUGUAGACAUUCCAAUAGAGCAUUUCAUCCAAGAACUAGAACACCCACUUGGAUUUUUUCACUGUAUUCCAAUGGAGAAGGAAAGGGUUGAAUCCAGAGUGCAGUGAAGUGGAAGAGAAGAAGUUGAGAAAAUGGGCAUUUUGUAUGAAGAUUCUGUGGUUAUUACUUCUGGAGAAAAGCAAGGGGAUCCUCAUGUUAUCACUGUGAAUUGCCCUGAUAAGACUGGCCUUGGAUGUGAUUUGUGUAGAAUCAUUUUGCUUUUUGGUUUGAGUAUUUCAAGAGGAGAUUUCUCGACGGAUGGAAAAUGGUGUUAUAUAGUCUUUUGGGUUGUGGGGAAGCCUACUACCAGAUGGCCUUUGUUGAAGAAGAGGUUGUUGGAAGUCUGCCCUUCCCAUUUUUCCACUUCAGGAAUACGCUUUUACCAGCAAGAAAAGGAGAUACAGAAACCUCCAGAUGUUUUUCUAUUGAAAUUUUGGUGUUCUUCUCAUCCCAAGGGCCUUUUGCAUGAUGUGACUGAGGUCCUUUGUGAGCUAGAACUAACAAUAAGAAGGGUGAAGGUUUCCACUGCGCCGGAUGGAAAAAUGAUGGACCUCUUCUUUAUUACCGAUACAAGAGAACUUCUUCACACGAGAAAGAGACAGGAGGAGACAAUGCACCACUUAAAAAAGAUUUUGUCUGAUGUCCUAAUGAGUUGUGAGAUCGAGUUGGCUGGCCCAGAAUUUACUGCAUGUUCACAACGCUCACCAUAUCUACCUUCCUCCAUUUCUGAAGAAUUGUUCAGUUUGGAGUUGCCGAAUGGACCUCCUAACAAACAUCCUCCCUCGAAUUCGGUUGUCGUUGGAGUGGACAAUGCUAUCAGCCGUUCUCACACUGUUGUUCAACUUCUUUGUCGAGAUCACAAAGGUCUUAUGUAUGAUAUCAUGAGAACUUUGAAGGAUUACAAUAUUCAGGUUUCCUAUGGACGGUUCCAUAUCAACUCAAAAGGAAAAUGUGAUAUUGAGUUAUUCACAAUGCAAUCAGAUGGCAGUAAGAUAGUUGACCCGUACAAGCAAAAUGCUCUAUGUUCCCGUCUAAGAAUGGAACUCACACGCCCUCUUCGAGCUGCUGUGGUGAGCAGGGGUCCUGACACUGAGCUUCUAGUAGCCAACCCGGUGGAGUUAUCUGGCCGUGGCCGCCCCCUCGUUUUUCAUGAUAUUACUUUGGCACUCAAACAUCUCAAUAUGAGCAUAUUCUCGGUGGAGAUAGGGAGGCACAUGAUCCAGGGCCGGGAAUGGGAAGUUUAUCGAAUUUUGCUCGACGAAGGUGACAUCGUAUGGGUGCAGCAGAACAAGAUCGAAGAGGGUGUCCGAAAUAUACUGAUGGGAUGGUAAUACUAAAAAGGAAUUUGAUAGGUCAUUUUACAGUAGUAGCUCUUUAAAACUGUACAGUCUGGCGUAGAGUAAAAAGUAAAACUAAGGCAGAGGGUGUAAAUGAGAGUUGCAUCAUGGAAAGAUUUAAAAAGCUUUGAUGGUGUUGUUUUUAUUACAUUUAAGAUUUGACAGUUUAAGCUCUAAUCCAUAAACUUAUUCACAAACUUCA